AUGGGGAAGAAACACCCACGUCACUGUCAUGAACUAAAAGAAGAAGAGGAAACCGUCUUUAAAUCCAAAAAGGGAGAAGUGUACAGGAUCCCUGCUCUUUUCUACAACCGAAACAACAAAACCCUCAUGGCCUUUGCAGAGAAGCGGAGGACUGAGGAUGAUAGCAGCUCAUUGGAGCUGGUCAUGAAGACAGCAACGGUGAACAUGGAUGAAAACACUCAUGAGGUAAAGUGGUCAGAGCUAAAACCAGUAAAGGAGGCACACCUUGAUGGAUACCGACCUAUGAACCCCUGCCCAGUUUAUGAGAAGACAAGCCAAACACUUUUCCUGUUUUUCAUCUGUGUUAAAGGCAGAGUCUCAGAGUCACGUCAGAGAUGCACAGGCUGUAACAAGGCUCGUCUCUGCUAUGUUAAAACUACAGAUGAUGGCCAAAGUUGGAGUGACUGUACUGAUUUGACAGACCAACUGGUAAAGGAGCAAUGUUGGGCCACGUUUGCUGUUGGGCCGGGCCAUGGUCUUCAAACAGAGACUGGUAGAUUGAUUGUUCCCCUUUAUGCUUAUGCGUCUUCAUCCUGCUCAACCUGUUGCUCAACCUGUUGCUGUUGCAUAAUGUGUUGUUGCUCCACUCCACAUGCUCUCUCCCUGUACAGUGUCGAUGGGGGCAACACAUGGCAAUUUGGCGAAAUGUUACAACAACAGUCACUUGAAUGUGAAAUGGCCGAGUAUUUUGAUGAGAAACAAGAAAGCUCAAUCUACUGCAAUGCCCGUACUAAAGGAGGCAACCGAGAAGAAGCGGUCAGUAGAAAUGAAGGAAAGGAUUUUUCCACGCUUAGUCCUAAAAGACUUCCAGAAACAGGGAAAGGCUGUCAGGGAAGUGUGGUCUCCUUUCCAGCUCAAGGUGCAGAUACAGAGGGUGACCCAAGCCAGAGCAAAAACAAGUGGCUGCUCUUCAGCCACCCAAGCAACAAGUGCAAAAGGAUCGAUUUAGGAGUGUAUCUGAAUAAAUCUCCAGGCAACCCAGAGACAUGGAGCGAACCCUGCAUCCUUCACAGAGGACCCAGUGGUUACUCAGACCUGGCUUACAUUGAUGAUGGUAGGUUUGCAUGUCUCAUGGAGUGUGGGACAAAGAGAGAAACUGAACAGAUAGCUUGUAAACUUUUCAGCUACAGUGAAAUUAAACGGGUACUGGAGCGUAAAAAUGCAAACAAGUCUUCAGUUGUGUAAUUCAAGUAAUACUACUGCACUGAAAUCCUAUUAAUAACUGCUGAAUAUGUUCAAAGUGUUGGAUAAUGAUUGAUAAACAAUGAUAUAAUCCAAACAAAGGCAACCACUUUAAUGGAUGCUUUAAAUAAUCAUGAUUUCAGCUGUAACAGGAUUUAAAAUGAUCAACGACACUGUACUAACAUUUUAUACUUGUACAUAAUGUUGUUAUAUAAAUGUAAAGAAUAAAAAAGGAUUUCUGGCAAAGUAAUUUGGUUAUAAGAGCUUUCUUAUUUUUGCAGGUUUUCCGAAUAAUCGGGUAAGGGGGAAUGUGUUUGAUU